UUUCCCUUAAUAAUAAUAAUAAUAUAAUGUGGUAUUUUAAUACAGUCAACUGAAUUUAAUAUGAAAAAAGAGACAACUGUGGGUAUUUGAUAUAACACAAUAAGCUGAUGUGUCUAUUUGUACUGCACCCUAAGAUCUUUAGAAGAGAUAUAUCUUAAUUAUGAAGGCAGGGAUAGUGAAAUUAAAAAAAAAAAAAAAUUAGCCUCUUAUUUAUGUCAUGAGACACCUCAUUAUGUAUAUUUAUCAUGUUAUAUACACUAUUCAAUUUUGCGUUAUUAUGGUAGAUAUUUCCACUUGUAACUCUACAUUUACUACAUGAUGCUGCAAUUUUACUCUUGCUCAUUUAACCUUUAGACUGUACUGCAAUAUUGGCUUAAGUUUACGUGUAUUGAUUUUUUCUUAAUUUUAGCUUCCCUUCUAUGGUUUUGUUUUCUAUACAAACACAGCACAACUCACCUCGGAUUCGUUCAAGUUCUGUCUUAGUCAAGUCUUCAGUGUUGUAAAUUACAAACUUUUUUGUGAGAAAUAUUUAUGAGGUUCUCAGAAUUAACAAAUUACACUUAAAAAAGGUCUACACAGAAGGGCAAUUCUACUGUUACAGUUAAGCUGAAUAAUACUACAUAUUACAAUAAUAUCUUUAUACAGCAUUCUCAUUUUACAAGUACUCAGCACACAUUUUAAUAGGUCACUAUUAUACUGAAUAAGUUUCCAUGGUGAAGCAGUAAGAGGGACUUUCAAUCCAAUGUCCACCUCUAGGUGCCUCAGUUGUCUUCCAAGCAUUUAUGAUACAGUGUCUUUUUAUUUGCACCUGACAGUCUUAACUCAGGUGGAGGUAGUCCAAGGUUAAAUACCAAAGUACAGACAGGCAACCCAAUAUUGAUAAUAUCUGAUAUAGUUUGUAUAACAUUUUCACCAAAUGUUUUAAUUUUUGGCCAGCUCCAAAGGUAGUGGAGUAACGUGUCUUCCUCUGUGCCACAUUUAAUAUAUAAAUCACAGUUAUUUUUAUCAGAGCAAAGUAACUGGGAGGGAGUCCUAUGUAUACAUGAUCUAUUUAAUAUCAGUCAAUUUAAAUCUAAUGUUGAUAAUCUGGCCUUGUGCUGUACAAACUCUCCUCCAAUCAUCUCCAGAGAUUUCUACAUCUCAGUGGUUAGACCAAGCCAUUGCUCAAGCUAUUGUUGUUUGAGGAUUCUUUAGAUUUAUUUACAUUCUAUAUAUACAGGAGUGAAACCUGUCCACAACCUUGAAUCUAGUAUGGCCUUUUCAAGGAAAGACAGAAGAGAUCUAAAAGGGGACAGUUUACGUGCUCUUAAAAUAUAACUCUAGAUUAAUUGACACAGCCAGCAAAGUCUUUGCAUGCUGUUUUACAUGUGAAAACAUUCUAUUUCAACAUACAUUUUCAUCUACACCAAACAGUGUGAUGGAUAAAGUCUAAACAUUUAUUUUAGCUUCUUUUAGAUGACAAAUAACCCACCUGAGCAUCAGAGUCAACAUCUUAAGGCAAAUGCAGACCCAUGUUCUUUGCAAUUUUUUUUUUUACAAAAAACAUUUAAUAACCCUGAACACACAGUUAUAGAUAAAAGGUUAGCUUACUUUAGCACCAGUUGGAGGUCACCAAAGUUAAUGUUGAGUCACAAAAACAAAAUCAAUGUUGCACACUGUAGUUUCCUCCGGACCCCUGCUUAAACUGACCAGUGAUGACAUGUCCAGCUGCAUGCCAUCAUUUGAGUGUUGGCUGUUGAUGUGGUGUCCAGCAAAUGAUGCAGGCUUUGUAGAAAAUUUGAAGACUUUCUGGUGAAGACCUGGUCUGAUCAGGGGGACAGCAUAGAGCUACUCUCAUUUUCAGAGUUGAGACCAGGAAACAGAGCAGCAGUCCUACAUGUUUCUCUCUGUUUCUGUAAGUUACCAGUUACUCCUUUGAUUCUGGCACUGAAGAACACAGCCAGAUAAGAUUUUCACUUGGUUACAUGGCUUACUCCUCUGAGGUGCUUGGUGUUUGCCUCCAGAUUUUCUUCUGUUUUACCUCCAUGAUGUAAUUGUGACACUGGCACGUACAGGGUUUAUAAAAGAAAAUAAAAACAAACCCAUGUUUCUUCUGAGCACUGUAGCCAGACUGACUGAUCCAUGUAUUCCUCAUUCCACCUGCCCUCAACUGGCAAAGAUUUAUUUCCAAACACAAGAUCCUUACAAACAGCUGUGAAACCUAAUAUAUACCCAAACUGUUUUUCUCCUAUCAACCCUCAUCAACCUCAACAAUUUCUUCAACUAAACCAUCAACCUGUCUCUUAGUAGACCCCAUCCCAAUUAGGCUGCUUCAGGAAGUCCUUUGAAGUAGCUGUGAUUAUACCACUUGUUAAAAAGCCUACUCUCAAUCCAGACAUAUUAUCUUAGCUAUAGACCCAUAUCUGACCUUCCCUUACUCUAUAAAAUCCUUGAGAAAACAGUUGCAAAUCAGUUGUGUGACUUUCUGCAGAACAACAGUUAAUUAGAGGAUUUUCAGUCAGGAUUCAGAGUGCAUCAUAGCACAGAGACAGCACUGGUCAAAGUUACAAAUGACCUCCUAAUUGCAUCAGACAGUGGACUUGUCUCUGUACUAGAUUUCAGUGCUGCUUUUGAUAGUGUAUCUCAGUGGGAGCCUGUGUGUAGUUGUGUCUUGUUUGUGUUUUUGUUUAUACUUAAAAAAAAAAAAAACCUAAGCUAAAAAAAGGUAAAAUUAUAUUAAGUUGGUAUUAGCUACAUGGAAUUCAGCCUUCAUUAAUUUUAUUAUUUAAAUAUGCACUUUUGCAAUUCAACUGGGUUUGAGUGACAUUUUUCAGCUCUGCAUAAUAUAGGAUUAGAGUGUUGUUACUCCUGUUUUUGUCUUGUUAUUACUCAUGUAGACUAUUCAGUUUUAGGUAACAUAAAUACAUAAAUGGAGAUUUGUAUAAAUGGAAAUUUAUACAAAUCAGACACACACACACACACACACACACACACACACACACAGUUUUUAACACAGUAUGUCUUUCUCUCCUGUCUUGUCAAAUGGACUUUGUUGGAAAUGUAUUUUUUGUGUGCAUUCAUUUUCUAGUGUACUGCUACUUGGAAUAGCUCCUUCCUGCACAGCCUGUAUGUUGUUCUCAUUAAACUAUUGAAAUUUUAAAAAAGAAAGAGACCAAAUUGUCCAUGUUCACCAACUACGAUUUAAAGAUAAACUGAGAUAACGAUGAGUAUUUUUCUUUGGCUUUUGAAAAACAUAGUUUGUUUGGCUCGUUGAGUGAUUGGUGUCUGAUUGAGCCAAUAGUAACAGAGAAUACAGCAUGACCGCGAGACACUAAACCAAUGGGCUGGCGGUGGGCGGGGCUUCGAGCACAUCUACCGUAAGCGUUGUUGGUCGGAAGAAGAAGCCGAUUCUGGAAGCCAUUACGUUGCGCACAUCAGUUGAGUAAAUCCUACUAUUUUUACGUACAAUACGCACAAUUACCUCUUUAAAAGAGGAAUUUCUGUAAUUAUGGCAUCGGUCGCGAAAAAGAGAAAAAUGAAUUUCUCGGAGAGAGAGGUGGAAAUUAUUGUGGAAGAAAUAGAGAAACAAAAGCACACACUGGUUAACCACUUCAAUGCUGGAGUCACCCACAUGGCAAAGAAUAACGCGUGGGUGGAUAUCCUGAAAAAGGUGAACGCUGUCACUACCUGUCCAAGGGAGUUACCCGAGGUGAAAAAGAAGUGGUCUGACAUGAAGACAGAAGUCCGGCGGAAAGUGGCCCAGGCGCGUGCUGCUAUAGAGGGGACGUCCGCUGACUGCACUCCAGUUCCCGUCAUCCUCACUGCUAUGCAGCAGAGGAUCUGUAACCUCCUGGGGGAGGCAACCAUCAUCAGCUUACCUGCAGGAGACUCGGAUGCUGAGAUAACUUUACCUGUUACAGUGAACAGCGCCACCACCGUCACGCUGGCAGAGACUCUUCCAGCUGGCUCAGGUGCAGUCUGUGAUGAAGCAAAGCCAUUAAAUGCUGAAACAACUUACCACACCCUAGAGGACGGAGGUGUGGUGGAGUACUGCACCACCACUGUAAGUGAUUCCACUCCCACUGUGGUGGCAGCUGUCGAGGCUCCAGUAGAGAUGCUGACCUCAUCUUCAGCUUCCCCGCCCCCUCCUCAGGGUCAGGCCAAACCUCAGGAGCUGAAGAGCCGCAUUGCCCUCAACUCCGCCCGUUUGCUGCAGGAGCAGAGAGUCACCAACGUCCACAUCCGACAGAUCGCCCAGCACCUGGAGGGCCAGAAUGAGCUGCUGCAGAUGAUGCGGCGCUCCCAGGAGGCCCAAGCAUUCGCCCAGGAAAGACAGGCCCAGGCCUUGGAAGGGACACAGGCUGCCCUGCUCGCAUUAGUGCAGAUGCUCAGGCCUGCUCUAAAAGACUUACGCAAAUUCUUGCAGAGUGGGACAGAGGUGGCAAACUCCAGCAGCUCAGCAGCAGGAGGAAUGACUGAUGGGUCAGGAGCAGAGGAACAGAGCAGGCCCAAAACACCACCACCUCCUCCACAGCAAGCUGAGGAGACACAAUAGACACUGUGUGUGUGUGUAAACGUGUGUGUGCCACUGCCUCCUGUCUGCAUUGCACACAAAGGACUCCAUGCACACAGGCUCCAUUGAACAAUGAAAAGCUUGUCAAGAGUUGCCUUAGGGAGACAUGCAUAGAAUUUUAUUUUUGUUUUACGUUGUUUUGUUUUUGCGAAAAGCAGUCACAGAAACAGUGAAAGGUUACGUUGAGAAUGUCAUUUUUACUUUUUACAGUCAGUAAUUGGUUUAUGUUCCUAAAACACACUUGAUAAUGAAAUUAUAUUUUUAUUGCAAAAUGCAAAAUCACCCUGAUGUGGGCUGAACAUUUAAUUCUGUUUAUUCAAGUAAUUAUGCAGUUUACCCUGAAUGAAGAAUAAUCAGCCAGUGUCAGCUGGGUUCUUCAGUUAGUUUGCACCCUGACAUCAGAACUCAAUAAAAUUUUAAGAAAAAGAAAACAGCAGUCUGUUUUUCCAACAGACUGCAUUACUAAUGAUCAACCAGAAGAGGUCAGUGUGUAAACAAGUUUUUAUCAUGAUCAACUGUAGAUCUUUAGGAUUAAAUCUGUGUGUUUUGUGAAAUACAGUAUUUCUUUUUGAAAAUUUGGAAUACCACUGUUAAAUACUCAAAAUUACAUUCUGCCAACAACAACCCAAAGACAUUUCCCUCACAACAACAAAGUGCUGUUCUGAGUCUGCGGGCACGUGAACAGUAAGUAAGAUAUAUUUAAAAAGAAAAUGGCUGUAAAUAAUAGAAUUGGUGAAAGCAAAUCUGUAAAUCCAUUGGCUAGUUCUUCAACUGAAAUGAGCUUUUAAAAGUGCACCAUCUCUUUGAUCGAACAGCUCUGCAAUUAUAUGUGGACAUUACAGUAUCUAAGGGCCAGUGAAGAAAUGUAAGGCCAGGGUAUUAGUAGCACUGAAGGGCAGUCUCAGUAAGCAUCUCACAGUAAGUGAAGGGGUCAGAACAUCAGUCAAAGUUAAGAAUAUGUUUGGUUAUUUUGCCUAAGAACCUUUACAUUUUGCCUGCACUCCUUGCAGUGAGCAGCAGACAGUCAUGGUUAGAGAGCAGCUGGUGAACAUAGUGGGGCAUUUAGCAACUAAAGAGCCAGAUAUUUUUCUCUAAAGCUGAAACCAGAGACAAAUGGAGAGUGAAUAUCCCUCCAUUCACCAGGUGGCCAAAACACUACUCCAUAUGAACAUUAAUGUUGCUCUGCAUCUGCUGGAUGUGUAAAUAGGAAGCUGUUAACAAUUUAAUAAAGUGAUGAUAUGUCA